AACAAACCACAGAAGAAGACUAAGCGGAGAAAACGUUACAGUGGCAACAAAUAAUAUGAGCUAUACAUGAUCCAAGUCAAAGUUACAUUUUCUUUGAUCCAUAAUAUUGUCAUGAUCUUGAAGUAUUUUGGAAAACAUGUUAAUUAAGUAACUCAUCAUGAAUAUCGUUGUUGAAUUCUGCUUGGUGUCUUGCAAAGUUUUUUGGACUUUAGUAUUAGCUGGAACCAGAUGGCUUAUGCGUCCAAAAGAGAAGAAUGUUAUGGGUCAGAUCUGUGUGAUUACUGGUGCCGGAAGCGGUCUUGGAAGAGACCUUGCCAAGGAGUUUGCCCGACGAGGUGCUACAGUUGUCCUUUGGGACAUCAAUCGGGAAACUAACGAAGAAACUGCUGAGAUAGUGCGAAAAAUAUAUAGCGAGCUUACCGGUUCGGUCUCUGGUGAGGCGGGAGAUUUGCCUACGAUUCAGGCCCAGGCUUACACUUACCUGUGUGAUGUUAGCAAGCGUGAAGAGGUGUACCUGACUGCAGAUAAGGUGCAGUGUGAAGUAGGCAACAUUGAUAUCUUGAUCAACAGUGCUGGGGUGGUCUCAGGACAUCACCUGCUGGAGUGUCCAGAUGAACUCCUAGAACGCACCAUGAUGGUCAACUGCCAUGCUCACUUCUGGACUACUAAGGCUUUUCUUCCCAAGAUGCUCCAGCUGAAUCAUGGACACAUUGUGACAGUAGCCAGCUCCCUUGGUCUGUUGAGAACAGCUGGUGUUGAGGACUACUGUGCCAGCAAGUUUGGUGCUAUAGGUUUUCAUGAGUCCCUCAGCCACGAGCUGAAAGCAAUUGAGAAAGAUGGGAUAAAGAUGACACUCGUCUGCGCAUUUCUAGUUGAUGGUCACAUUUUUAAUGGGUGUAAAAUCAGGAAAAAGACUUCCCCAUUUUUCCAUCAGUUAAAGCCAGAACAGUGUGUACAGCAGGUUGUGAGGGCCAUCCUAACAGACCAGUCCAUGAUCUGUACUCCACGGAGUAUGUACAUGGCCAGCUUCAUGAAGACGGUCUUGCCCUUUGAAGCCAUUGUUUGCAUGUACCAGUUUCUUGGAGCAGAUAAAUGCAUGUACCAUUCCAAGGCUCACCAGAUCAAUGCUAACAACAAUGAAACUGAGCUGACUUCAGUCCAGCAGGCUCGCAUCCAGCAGGUGUCACUGGAGAAAAAAGGAUGUUAACACACGCCCUUUCACGAGAUGUUAGACAUUUUUGCCGAGUUGUUCCUUUGGAACAAACAGCCUAUACUGUAUACUCUAUUAAGUGUUCGCCUUGUUUCAUUCUUGAGACAAUUUUUUGAAUGUCACAAAUGUAAUAAUCAAGCAAAAAUGUUUGCAUACUUCCCAUCCCGCUCUUUCAUUCCAUGGUGUUAGGCCUGUGAACAUUCCUAAUGCAGUGCCUUAUUCUGAAUGCAUUUGUGUCAAUAAAUAUGUGUAUUUUGCAAUGUA